AUGACAGACUACGGGAACAACACGUGCCCGGGCGAUCACGACGACAUAUAUGGCAGGGAUCGUCCGCGCGAUAUCCUACUGCAACUCUACAUCUCUUUGACGCUGGGCGUGGGAGCAUUCCUACUCUUUUGCUUCCUGCGGCCGCGAUGGAAAGGACUGUACUCUGCGCGCAAGAAGCAGAACAAUCUGGCAACGGCGCUUCCAGAGCUUCCAGACACCUUCUUCGGCUGGAUUGUACCCCUAUGGAAGAUCACCGACAAGCAGGUCUUGGCUUCGGCUGGCCUUGAUGCUUACGUGUACCUUGCCUUUUUCAAAAUGGCCAUCAAGUUCCUCCUCGUUACGCUCUUCUUUGCCCUCGCCGUAAUCAAGCCGGUCCACGACACACAUCAAGAAAAGGAGGGCAAGAAGCCCCGUUCCGGCGCUGAUGGCGACAAGGAAGGCGAGCGUUUGGAGAUGCGCUCCACCACGCUUUGGACAACAUUUGCUGGGCACGACUACGAAUACUACACCGACUAUUUGUGGAUGUAUCUUGUCUUCGUAUAUCUGUUUACCGCUCUGAUUCUCUACCUGAUCGUUUCUGAAACCAGGAGGAUUAUCGACGUCAGGCAGGAGUAUCUGGGCAGCCAGACUACCAUCACCGACCGCACCAUCAGACUGUCGGGAAUCCCGUUAGACCUCCGCUCCGAGGACAAGAUAAAACAGUUCAUCGAGGACCUUGGGAUCGGGAAAGUCGAAAGCGUGACACUUUGCAGGAACUGGAAAGAGUUGGACGAGAGAAUCACACGGCGGCAAACCAUACUGAGAAAGCUUGAGGAGGCUUGGACGGUUCAUUUGGGAAGCAGAAGAGUCGAGCGCAGCUUGGAGACCUUGCCAGUGGUUCAGCCUCGCCCACCCGAGGCCAAUGCUGACGAUCGGGAAGACAGUAGACUUCUCAGCGACACAGACAGAGACCCCGAUUGCCAGGCUCCGUACGCACGCCAACGUCCAACAGCGAAGAUAUGGUAUGGCCCUUUGCGAUUGCGCUACAGGACAGUCGACGCCAUCGACUACUAUGAAGAGAAGCUUCGCAGAUUGGAUGAUGAAGUCAAAGAGCUGCGCAAGAAAGAAUUCGAACCAACACCGUUAGCCUUUGUUACUAUGGACAGUGUAGCAAGUGCGCAAAUGGCCAUCCAGGCCGUUCUUGACCCGUCGCCGCUGCAGUUGCUCGCGAACAACAGUCCUGCCCCAUCCGACGUCGUUUGGCCCAACACGUAUCUAUCGCGAAGUCAGCGCAUUUUCCGAUCCUGGUCCAUCACCUUCUUCAUUGGGGUGUUGAGUAUCUUUUGGACGGUCCUACUUGUCCCGAUUGCGGGCGCCUUGAACACAUGCUCUAUUAGCGAAGUCUUUCCCGGGAUCGCGGGUGCGCUUAGUCGACACAAGCUGCUGCAAACUCUUGUCAACACACAACUGCCGACUCUUUCAGCAACGCUGCUAAACGUGCUCGUACCAUUCCUCUACGACUGGCUGGCAAACAAGCAAGGCAUGAUAUCGCAGGGCGACGUUGAGCUCUCCGUCAUAUCGAAGAACUUCUUCUUCACCUUCUUCAAUUUCUUCAUACUCUUCACGAUCCUUGGAACUGCUUCCAACCUUCUGGAUCUGCUGAACAAGUUUGGCGAAAAGUUGACAAGUGCCACUGAAAUCGCUUUUGCUUUGGCGAACUCUCUUGCGCAGUUGCUUGGCUUCUACACAAACUUCAUCAUACUACAAGCCUUUGGAUUGUUUCCGUUUCGCCUCCUGGAGUUUGGUGCCCUCUCGCUCUAUCCAAUCUACCUGAUUGGAGCGAAGACGCCCCGAGAUUACGCGGAACUUGUUCAGCCCCCUGUCUUCAGCUACGGUUUCUUCUUGCCGCAGACUAUACUCAUCUUUAUCAUUUGUGUCGUCUACAGUGUCUUGAGAGACUCUUGGCAGGUUUUGCUCACGGGUCUGGCCUACUUCAUCAUCGGUCAAUUCGUUCACAAGUACCAGCUGCUUUAUGCGAUGGAGCAUCGUCAACACUCGACAGGUAGAGGCUGGACUAUGAUGUGCGAUCGCGUCAUCAUUGGUGUAGUACUAUUCCAGGCCACCGUGGCUGGGCAGCUAGCCCUGAAGAAAGCGUUCAAACGUGCCAUCUUGGUCGCGCCGCUGGCGAUCUGCACAGUGUGGUUCUUGUUUGUCUACGCGCGAACCUAUAGGCCUCUGAUGAAGUUCAUCGCUUUGCGAAGCUUGCAAGAUCCCGAACGUUCUAAUCUUGGGCGCGAUAUUCAAGAAGAAGCUGUGCAUGCGCAGCACGAGGGAAGACGAAGACCAGCCGGACGACUUACUCUCGACGAGGCCAGAGAGAGCGGAUUGAAGUUUGAGACUCCAAGCUUGGUGAUGCCCUUGACCGAAGUCUGGCUCGCCAACAAGAACGCAAGAUCCACAAGUGGAUCGAAUGGAUCGACUCCACACAACACAAACGGCAGUACUUAA